GGCGAUCCCCGACGGGGCAGCCACGGGAGCAGAGGAGUGAGGCGUCAGCGUGAGCUGCCAGGGAGGAGGCUGGGAACGCCGGGCGAAGGAAGCUACUGGUCUCCCGAGCGCGUCUGGAAACUCGGGCGCAAGCAUGGCUUUUGGAAAGAGCCAGAAGGAUGCCUUCGGCACCCCCGUGGGCCGUCUGAUCGAAAGAGCUACUUUUGGAACCUUGCAGACUGAAGAAUGGGGCCAGUUUAUGCAUAUCUGUGACAUUAUCAACAUGACUGAGGAAGGACCCAAAGAUGCAGUGAGAGCACUUAGAAAAAGGCUUUCCAAAAACUGCAAUCAUGUGGAGAUUCAUCUUACUUUGUCUCUCCUUGAGAUGUGCAUGAAGAACUGUGGUCCGAAUUUCCAGUCUCUGGUUGUGAAACGGGAUUUUUGCAAGGAUAGGCUAGUAAAGCUGCUGAAUCCAAAGUUUAACCUGCCAGUGGAUAUGCAGGAGAAAAUUUUGACUUUUAUCAUGACCUGGGCCAGGGGGUUUCAGAAUGCUGUGGAUGUGAGUGAAGUCAAGGAGGUUUAUCUGGAGCUUCUCAAGAAAGGAGUUGCAUUUCCAUCCUCAGAGAUCAGCAGGAGAACCACUAAGCCUUUGCCUAAAACUUCUACAAGGGCAUCAUGUAAUUCCUCCCUGAAGUGCUUUUCACAACCCCUCUCCUCAGCUGCAGUAAUAACACUGAUUCCUGAGCAGGUUGGAAAGCUCUACAGUGAACUGGACAUGGUAAAAAUGAAUGUCAGGGUCAUGUCAGCAAUACUGAAAGAAAAUGUUCCUGGAUCAGAAAACCCAGAUGAUAUGGCACUCCUACAGAAGCUCUACAAGACAUGUCGGGCAAUGCAAGAGAGAAUUACGGAAUUGCUAGCAACUGUGCAGAAUGAAGACAUGAUUACUGAACUCAUACAAGUGAAUGAAAAUCUAAAUAAUGUCUUAUUGGGACAUGAAAGGUUUUCUAGAAACAGAGUACGUUUCUUGGAGAAUCAGAGAAUCCAAAAUGAACGCAUGGCAGCCAGUGGAAACCAGCCAUCUGCUCCUUCCUGCGAUUUGCUUGCCCUUGAGUCAAGUCCUCCUGCUGCUGUGCCAAAGCCUGUGAGAACUGACCUUCCCCAGUCUUCAGAGUUAAAUAAUCCACCAAAAAGUGUGGCUCUUCCACAUCCUCAUUCUGCUCUGCCAUCAAUGUACCCUCAAUUAAACUCACCCAGUAUUGCAAAUGCUUCACAGUCCUCGUUCCCAGCAGAAGCACAAAGUACAUGCCAGGUGAUCCCAAAUGGUCAGAUGUAUGUCAAUGUAAGCACAUGUUUAAAUCCCGAGCCCUUGUAUGCUGUAAACCUGCCAAGUAAUGGUACGGGAGAUGCACCACCAGCAGACAUACCAAAAAGUAACCCACAUCCUCCUAAUUAUUAUGAGCUAAUGGAAUUUGAUCCUUUGGCCCCUUGUGACAAAACCCAACAUAUUUAUGAAGAAAUUGAUCCACACCUCUUCAAAGCACAGGUUAACAUCAGUUGCUAGAAGCAGAUGCCAGUAACAAGAAUUUAUCUAACAACAUGGUAGACUGCUGAUUGCUUCAAAAUCUGUCUUUUAAAAGACAGAAACUACUCAGUAGGCAGAGAUUUGGGAUAAGGUGAUUUAUCAAACUAUUCAACAGAAGACACUUCAAAUCUAAGAUGUGUAUCCUACAUACCCUACCUUAAGUACAUUGCAUCAGGGUCAACUCAUUAAAAAUGCAAAAUUCACUUUUGCAAUCUUUGGACCAAAACCAUUGAUACAGCUAGUGUUUUUCAAACAUUCAGUCUUCUAGGAAGUGUAACAUUCAAAUUGCAACUGACAUUUACAGAAUCUUGCACCUAGAGUAAGUUACUUUUAUAGAAUUCUUUUAAUAAUCAAAGCAAAAUCUUUUCCCACAGGAAGAGCUAUGCCACAUAUGGCUGAAUAAUUGAUUAGUAUCUAGGAGAACUGUUUAUGAUCCCAAUCAAAGCACUUGAGUGUUGCAUCCAUGACUAUACCUGUAGGGGCCCAAGCUCAGAUCCAAAUGGUCGAGUACAAGGAGAGACCUAGCUGUUAGUUAAAUCUUGCAGUCAGAUUUCCUGGCAGGCUAUUUGGUAGGACAGAUCUUACAGUUUGUCUUUAAUGUUACGCUUUGGUGAAAAAUAAUCGCUAACCAGGUAGUUGGUUAGAUUUCCUUGCAGUAUGUUUCCUGUUCUUCUGAUAGUUAGCUACUGUAACAGUUUUCUCAGUUACGGAAUGCACUUUAAAAGAAAAAAAAAAGAAUAUGCACAAGCUAUUGCAAAACAAAGUAUAUGAAUCACUAGCAUUUGUGGCGUGCUACAAUAGCAAGUCUUGUUCUACUUUGUUGUCUUAAUACACUUCCAUCUGUUUUCCUAGAUUAUUUCAUUCUCUUGCAGAGAAGCUAAAUAUGUAUGAAGCAGCAGCUUUCAUAAGUUAUUGAGGGCUGCAUUGGGAGCAGCUGCAGCAAGGCACUACCAGAAUGCAUGGGGACAGCAAAGUACAAAGCAUCCGUUGUGUGGUAUUUGGAGUGACCGUGCCUUUUAUUAUAUUAUUGCUGUUGCUUUCUAUUAUCCCCAACAAUUCAGGUUAUCUUAAUAACUAAUAGUCAUGGGAUCAUAUAAAAGGGUGACUGAAAUAAGUGCCUUUUCUCUCUAAGUUGUUUCCAGAUUUAGUGUCCAAACUUGUAAUAAAUUGGUACCCUUU